UCGAAGCCGGCACGACUCGAACAAUAACAGAGGUUCUCACCAUGGUUGUUUGCAUCUCUCCCUGGUUGGUAUCACGACCGUUCGUAUUCUAUGGUCGGAUACCAUAUCAUUUCCAUGCUACUCGUCGCACUUCUAUCUCAGAUCGCUACUAUGCGCCUGCGAUGAUGAUGAGGAGCUCGUUUCUCGUUCGAAACUGCUCGACUGCAUCCCAGAAUCCUCACCGACUUCUCCUCCAUGAUAUGAAACUGGAAGAAGAGCUCCCAGGUUACAAUCCCAUUCUAUCCAGUCAGGCUGGGAGAUGUAUUCGAGUCCAGAUAUCAAGUCAUUGCGAAGCUCGGGUUUGGAGUGGGUUCGAGUGUAUGGCUCUGCCGAGACUUAGAGUGAGAAAUGAAGCGAUCACAACAUCCAGGCAGCCCUUUGAGUUCAAGUACCUGAUGCGUUUUAGGUCCGGUGACUACCUAACUCUGAAAGUCUGCACCUGCAGAAAGGUGGCUGGUGUAACUGCCCAGUCUACCAACGAAGCGGCUGUGACGAGACAUAUUCGAGCCAGCGAUUAUGAACAUCCUGGUGACAGAUACCUCCGCCUGAUACUCAGAGAGUUCACCAUCCACGGGCCUGGGGGUGAACACAGAUGCCUACUGUAUACACCUCAGGGAAUGACUUUUAAGGAGUUCCGCAAUUUACUGCCAAACCGGUUGCUGAAUAAGGCACUCCUUCAGCAGACAUAUCAGUUAAUCUUGAUUGGGCUCGAUCUUCUACACCAACUAGGUGUGGUACAUACAGAUAUAUCGCCUAAUAAUAUCCUCCUGGGUGCCCAGAGCUCCUCUAUUUUUUCUAAAAUCGAGCAGUCUGAGUUAGAACAUCCUAGCGCCCGCAAAGUCUUCAGGGACCGGGUCAUCUAUCAAUCCCAAUAUAUGCUCAUAACCGAUGGCACACCAGUGCUUUGUGACUUUGGAGCUGCCUGGAUUGGCGAAGGGAAACAUCGAGGCGAUGUCAUGCCUGACUUCUAUCGUGCACCAGAGGUGAUUCUUGGGAUGGAAUGGGACUGCAAGAUUGACAUCUGGUCAAUUGGAGUCAUGAACAUGCUCGAGAUCUUUGCAUACCAAAGCGCUAGGAGCGCGUAUCUACUCACGAUAUGGCAGAUAUGGGAUUUAUUUGAAGGCGGUCGCCUUUUUUACGCCCUCAGAAACCGCAUUCUGGAUGAUGAGCAACAUCUUGCUGAAAUGGUUGCUCUCAUGGGACCUCCACCCCAGAGCUUCCUUCAAAGGAGUGAGAAAUGCCGUAAUUACUGGGAUGUAGAAGGAGAGUAUCUUGCCAUAUCACCUGCUCAUCCCCCGGAAGAGAUUAUAAAGCUGAAAUUAUUCUAG